CUUAUGUUUUCUUUGGUUUUAUGUUUUUAGUUGAGCGAGUGGAGUGGAAAUGAGUUUAUUUAAGUACUAAAUUUUGUCUUACCAUUUGAAAUUAAAAUGGCUUCAUAUUCAGGUUCGUCGUACAAAUCUAAAGCUGAGAUUGAUCAAUUGCGUAGAUCUCUAGGAGCGCAGGAAAAUGUUGGUGAGGAGGAAGAGAAGACGUACAAAUACCCAAAAUCUGUGGCUUUCAUAAUUGGAAACGAGUUCUGUGAAAGAUUCACUUACUACGGAACACGCGCUGUACUGUCCAUAUACCUGGUAGGUUGGCUCAGUUAUACAGAGAGUGACGCCGCUCUUGUGUUUCACACAUUCUCGAUGCUCUGCUACUUUUUCCCAUUGGUAGGCGCCAUCAUCGCCGACAGCUAUAUUGGGAAGUUUAAGACUAUAUUUUACCUGUCAGUCGUGUAUGUAUCAGGUAACGCCACCAUAUCUGCAGGUUCGUCUCCUCUCUUCGGUAACAGUUAUCAUAGAACCGUAAGUCUACUCGGACUCCUUCUGAUCGCCAUUGGAACUGGAGGAAUUAAACCUUGUGUCUCUGCGUUCGGAGGGGAUCAAUUCAUUCUCCCUCAGCAGAUAAAACAGUUGGCAUCAUUCUUCAGCGUAUUUUAUGCCUCGAUAAACGCCGGAAGUCUGUUAUCCACCAUUAUCACCCCGAUUCUCCGUCAUGACGUUCACUGCUUCGGAGAUCAUGCAUGUUUUCCCUUAGCUUUUGGUGUCCCGGGUGUAUUAAUGGCCAUUGCGUUAGUGCUUUUCCUGGCCGGUAAACCACUUUACGUCUGCAAGGAACCGAAGGGCAACAUUGUUGUCAAGGUCACUAAAGUUGUUUCACACGCACUCGCAAUGAAAUUUAGAAGCCAAGAGAAGAAAAGCCACUGGCUGGAUCACGCCGACGAUAAAUACGACAAGACUCUGAUUGCCCACACGAAGGCAGCCCUCCAAGUUUUGGUUUUGUUCAUUCCACUGCCCCUCUUCUGGUCUCUUUUUGACCAGCAGGGUUCAAGAUGGACAUUUCAAGCGACCCAUAUGGACGGAGGACUCGGCUUUUAUACGAUCAAACCCGACCAAAUGCAAGUCGUCAAUCCACUUCUAAUACUAGUGUUCAUUCCAAUUUUUGAUUACGGGAUUUACCCUUUUUUUGCAAAAUUCCACUUACUUAAACGUCCACUCCAAAGGAUAGCUACUGGAGGUCUUCUGUCAGCACUAUCGUUCGCAAUGUCAGCUUUCAUUGAGCUAAAACUUCAACCCACGUAUCCUUACCUACCACCGUCUGGUACAGGACAACUUAGAGUGUUCAAUGGGUUGGGAUGUGAAGUGACAAUGACAUCUUCCCUGGAAUCUGCAUCAGGAUCGAUCCGAUCUCUUGAUGCACUUCAAGUCAAUAUCAGUAUUUCGGGGUCGGAUGACUCUACCUUGCAGUUCACCACGACUCCUGCCUGCACGCAGUUCCCGAACAAGAAGUUCUCAGGUAAUGUAUCGCUACAAGAAACGAAGUCAGUAUCCGUAUUUCUCUCAACUUCUUCUGGUAAUCCUAUUGCCUCUCAAGUGCCAGGAGUCGAUUUUCUUGUGAAGCUAGAAACGGGAUAUCCCCAAUUAAGGGUUUUGUACAACUUGCAUCCAUUUCAAGAAGAACUUAAGCUAUCUCAAGGCAAGUUCAGCCAAACAUUAAUACUGAAGGAAGACAUUACUUAUACCUCUCUAAGUCCAAUUUUUAAGACAGGAAAGUUCACUGUCACUUUAGACGGUUCGUUGGUGACAAACGACCUCAAGCUCGAGACAGCAGGGGUGUAUACCCUCAUCGUACACUCCAACAACUCCGGGACGAUUGCAGGACUUGUGACAGUGACGGGACCUAACACGGUACACAUGCUAUGGUUAGUUCCUCAGUACGUAAUUAUCACUGCAGGUGAGGUAAUGUUCUCCAUUACGGGACUCCAGUUCUCCUACACCCAAGCACCGGAAUCGAUGAAGUCCUUGGUGGCUUCCGCGUGGCUUUUGACUGUUUCCUUUGGAAACCUGUUUGUCGUCCUGGUUUUACAUUCAAAAGUAAUCACAAAUCAAGUUUGGGAGUUUUUGUUCUUCGCAACAGUGAUGGUGCUCGACAUGUUGGUAUUUAUUUUCCUCUCCUACUUCUAUAAAUAUAAAACCGCCGAAGAACUAGAAGAAGUUACAGAGGAACCCGUUGAGAGCCCUCCUGCUGCUGCACCCAACUCCGAAGAGACUAAUUGAAGGCCGGAUUGAAAGCGUAUAUUUAAUUAAUUUAUGUAUAAGUACAUGAUUUUACUUUCUUUGAUUGAAUUGUGUUGAUGAUUAAGUAAGUGUAAGUAAUUCUAAGUAAAUAAAUCAUUCUGAUCGA